AUGGGUGUCCAGCCCGAAUCGCCUCUCCGGCCCCAGGACAAGCUUCCGCCGCUGCUGGCACGGCUGCUCAACCAGCCAAAUCCGCAGCAGAAACCUCACCCAUCCGGUCAACCACAGCACCUUCCGCAGCUACAGUCGCAUCAACAGCAGCAUCGCGCAGACAACCUCUUGGCUGACCACAGCCGGGCCUUGCCGAAACCCAAGGACCCACCAUUCAACCCGGCCGGGCCCGCGCAACAGAUUCACGAAGCCACGGUCAAACCAUGCUCGAUCCCAAGCAUCAAGUCCCUCGACAAGCCUCCAAACAAGAGGUGGUCCCCGCAUCUGUUCGACGGCCCUGCUAAUUUCCCACUUCGCGAACGUGCCGGCGACAUCAUCAAAGACCACUCCAGGAUCCUGAAGCCGCUCACGUCCACGCUCACCCACAGAAGAAACUACGACCAUCUGUCUGAAUCGGCCGCGACUUACUUUGAGCAGCGCCAGCUACCAGCCAUCACUGUCGAGGUCAUAAGCGCGAUUCGCCAGCGCUCGGAGCGAAAGAGCAUCUUUGGUCACUAUUCCACCAAGAGCAUGGGUCCUAUCCGCCAGGACAUUGUUGCCACCCAAAAGUGUACGCUCGAAUCGACCAAAUCCACGACCUUGAACUCGGAUCUACUCACACCUCUGUCGGUCAGCCGGGCCGAUGUGCCAGCCCCACGUUCGAUUCUCACGCCGGCCGAGCUGAUGAUGACCAACUUUGACACAGGCUCGGUCAUCCUCCAUAAUCCCAAGCGCGCGCGAGCUCGCUGGAAGUCUGCCAUUCGGAUCAUCAUCACCUUUAUCCGGAUCCGAAGCGUCUUUGCGCCUUUGGGCCACUACGAAGCGCAUGGCAUACCUGCCCGCAAGACUCAGAUGAGUCUGCUUGGGACCUUGCGGGCCUUCCAGACUCCGGCCGACAAGGCACUGACAGAGAGGGUCCAACAAACGUUGAUAUCGCCCUGCUACAUGCGCGACCCGCAAAAGCUCAAAUCGCUCGAGCGUCUGCUGAUCAACCGGAUGCCGGCUUUCGCGAGCUACAACAGCGAGCAGCGAACCCGUUUCAUCGAGGUCAUGGGCUACGAGAUGCACCCGAUGGGCUCCGUCAUCAUCAAACAAGACCACAUUGGGUCGGCGUUUUACUUUCUCCUGAGCGGGCAGUGCGAAGUUUGGAAGUAUGGCCUCGACGAUCGCAGAGUGCACAUGCGCAUGCUGAACGCCGGCUGCACUUUUGGCGAGCUGGCCUGCGACGACAGAUCCUCCCGACUCCGGACAGCCACGAUACAAUGCACCAUGGACUCGGAGUUUCUGCGGGUGUACAAAGACGACUACAUCCGCAUCACGCUCGGGCACGACACCGAAGAGGAGCUCCAAGUGCGGGUCGAUGUUCUCUCCAGCAUCCCGCUCUUUCAGCUCAACGACCCGGACCAAUACAUCCUCAAGAGCCUGGCACAAAAGUCGCAAAAGAAGACAUACGACCACGGCCAGACGGUGUUGAUCGAGGACGAGCCGAACGGAAACAUCUUUGUCGUUGUGUCUGGGCGGGUGCGAAUCUCGAAGCGGGUCAAGUUCCUUGUGAAGAUGGUCCACGGCAAGCGAGUCAUGAAGCGAUACCCACUCGACCAGGCCAGCGGCGAGGUCCCGGAGCCCGGCCAAGUCGUGGAGGAAACGCUGAUUAUUCGCGAGCUGGAUGCCGGCGCGAUAUUCCCCGAGUUUAUCUUUCCCGGCAAGGUUCACGAGACACCGAUGAUCAACGGCGUGGAUCCCGUCGAGGUGGAGCGCACCAUAACGAAGCAGGACCUCUAUGGCGUCACCCCGGCCUACACCACCGUCACGGCCAUGACGCAGCUCGAGCUCGUGUCGAUCAACAAGCUCGAGUUCUGCCGGGUGGUCAACCCGCAGAUGAUGGCGCAGAUAAUUACCGAAACCACGGGGUGCUAUCUGUCGUAUGCGGAGCUGCAGGAAACGUGGCUGCAGAUGGUCGAGUGGAAAAGGUUCAAGACAGAGAUGAUGAGGGAGAAGAUCGAGGAGCUCGACCGCAAAAAGACGGACUGGGAAUCGACGCUGGACAGCUGGCGGGCGGAGAGCCAGCCGGCUCGCUGUCGAAUGUGA